GUUCUCGUCAAACUAACUAACUUAUUACUUGCCUGGUGAGCGCGGACAUUCUGAGAAAAGAGACGAGUGGAAUCAAGAAUGUAGAAGCAUAGACCACUGGUGCGAGUACUAAAUCGCCACGAUGUCGGGCGAUAGCAGGAAAGACCUACUCCUGAAAACGGCCGCCGACUAUUUCGGUGUGGAGCCCAAUGACCCGAACAUGCUGAUGCUGCUGACGACCGAGGAGCUGAACAAUUUCUUGGAUGACGGCAACUGUACGGUGCUGGUUUUGAGCUACUUUGCGCAGCACGUUCCUAGCGGUGUGGCGAAGGACGAUGUUCAGAGCACGUGGAGUGUCAAGCUGAGCAACAGGUCGAAAUACGACGACUCCUCCGCCGAUAAGCUGCUGGUGUUCUUCAAGGUCAUGCCGGUCGUCAUCACUCCGGACAACCUGCAUAGCAACAUAUUCAUCUCAUCCAUACUGGAAUCGCCACUGCACGCUCUCUAUCAUUGUAUUGACAAGGUAUGGGCACCAGUGUUGUUGGAAAGUGGUAAGUGGAGUCAACAGGUGGAUGGAAAACUGCAGCAACUACUGACAGAACUCUCAACGGGCCUAGCAGCGGUGGUGAGACGAGAUGACGGAGGCGGCAUAGGAGAAGACAGAAGAACGGACUCGGAAACAACCAGUCUGACACGCAUUCUGACUCCCAACGAUGAGUUCCAGUUCUGGGCGGAUGUUUCGAUGUCGGCCUCAAAGCUAGCGGUGCGCGAGCGUGCUCAAGCAUUCCAUGGUGUUUUCCAGUCAGUGGUACAUGACUUUGCCAAUCUCGACUCUCUCUCCUUUGACGGGGCACUGGAAUUGAUAGAGGCCACGCAAGACACUCUGGACGACCUAUGGAAGCAGACGGAGCACGAUCCACCGUACCCGCUAGAGCGCAUGCAGCACCUGCUCAGCGUGGCCGGUAGUGCUUUCGCACGCUAUGUACAGCGUCGUCUAGGUGACACGGACAUCUGGAACGGGCCAUUCUCUGAAGUGAACGCCACCCUGCAGAAGGGUCUGGCCAUUCUGGACAAGUGGACCAGCGUGGGUGAGAGUCUGACAACGCAGUACUGGAAACGCUACAUGUCGCACCCCUGGAAGUCGGACAAGUACGUUGACAUACACACCACACAGCUCUCCGCCAGGGUCGAAGAGAUUGUUUCAAUCAGGACAGCGCAUGAACAGAUCCGUCAGCUAUUGAAGCCGGAAGAACGAGACGAGCUGCGCAUAAAGAAGAGUUUCAGCCCGUUCCAGAAGAUGAACGCUCUACAGUACAACCCGUACACGAAGCCAAAGUGGGAGGCCGCUGUGGCGCAGUACCAUCGUAACAUGGUUCCCGCUGAGAAGCGUAUCGCUGCUACUCUGCGCACCGUGGCACUACAGGGUCUGCAUAAGCAGGCUCACCGGCUGUUACGAGAGUUCAAGCGCUACAAGGAACUGCUGAAACGACCCGUAAUCCACACUGAGCUGGUUCAAGAAAGGACAACAUUGUUGGGGCAGCUGUCGGUGUACAUGCGUACACUGCAUGAUGACUUUGUACAACGAAGUAGUGGACACCAGUCAUCAGCUGGUGGCGACCAGGCUGCGCCGCCCAAGGGAAAGAACCUGCCCGAAGUGGUCAACAACAUUGUCUGGGCAAGAGGUCUGGAGUCGAAUGUGGUAGACGCUGAAUCAACUGCAGAAGCUCUGCUCAGCGACUUGCCGGCGUUCCAGACAUUCAGUACCAGCACCCAUGAGCUGAUUGAGGAAUUGAGGUCGUACCAGAGAGAACUAUUCAGCAAUUGGUCCAGUGAUAUGCUGGCUGCUAUUGAUAGUCCUACAGAACCGUUGGGACUGGAGACUAGUGGUCGGCUAAUGGAGCUGGACAUCACCGAUGGACAUCUGAAAGUGCACUACAGCGAGCGUCUCGUGCAGCUGCUGCGCGAGGCACGACAGCUGACAUGCUUUGGCUACGCUGUGCCAGCUCGAAUCCAGCACACUGCAAACACUGCCGGCAAGUUCUACCGCCAUGCAGUCAUUCUGAAGCAGGUUGCCAACUUUUACAACACCAUCGACCAGCAAAUGUUGAAGUGCCAGCAUUCCAUCCUGCUCCAAGCAGCAUUGGCCUUUGAAGAGCUGAUCAAGCAUCCGUCCAAGGUGGCUGGCAUGGCGGUCAAGACGCAGAAGAAAGGCAAAGACGAGAAAAAGGUUCAGGUGACGUGGGAUAAUCCAUCGGUUCUGGAGGUCUACAUCUCGCGCAUACAGCAAGCUGCUGAGCGCAUCACCACGGACAAUAGGAAACUACGCAUCAAGCACACCAGCCUGUGUGAGAAAAUUGCCAGUUUGAUGAAUGUGGACUUAUUGCGACAGCAGAGCACGUGGAAGGAGACCAUCCGUAGUAUGCGUGAAGAAGUGUCAGCCUUGGCCAAGCAGGGUUUCAAGGAGGAUGACAUGCGACCGUGGAAGACACAUCUCGACUACCAGCUCUACAAGGCUCUGGAACACCAAUACCGCACAGGGCUGGAGGUCAUGAACGAACACUUGCCAGAGCUCAAAGUGGAGCUAACCUACAGGCAUCAAAAGGUUCAGUUUCGGCCGCCGAUUGAGGAGAUACGCGGACGCUACUAUCGCGAAAUGCGCAAGUUCAUGUUCUUGCCACAUCUCUUCCGAGGAUUUCUUGACAAGGGCUCUCCUGGGAACGUGAACUUUGGCACAAUGGUGGACAAGAACUCUCAGUCAUUCAAGUCAGUCUACACCAAGGCGGAAAGUCUGUUUGAGCGCCUGGAAGAGAUCCGUACCAAGUUUGAACCUAUGAUGGUCCUGGGCCUGGUCGGUAGUGGACUGGAGAUGGAGAACUUGAUUGAGCAAUACCUGACAGAAGUCAAGGAUUGGGAGAUGAACUUCAAAGUAUUGAAAGUCAAAGGACGCGAGGCAGAGACUCUGCCAAACUCAAUCAAGGUGGACUGUGUGGUCGUGUCUACCUCACCCAUCAAGGCUACCAUUGAUGACCAGAUUCAAAAGCUGCUGGACGCAUUGUUGCUGACGCUGAGACGCUCUGCACUCAGAGACACGGGCAAGAUCGACGAGUUCCUGGGACAGGCACUUGAGUCGCUAUCAACGCGGCCACAGACAACGGAUGAAAUUGCUGAGGCCAAGAAGAUGCACAUUAGACUGACGGAAGAGAGUCCUGAUAUUCAGCCAUUGUUUGCACUGGCUGAGGAAAAGAACCAACUUCUCAGGUCAGUGGCAGGUGGUGGUGUGGAGGCCAUAGCUCAGCUGCGUACCAAGUGGGACAGGUUUGGAUUGAUGCUGGAGAGUCAUGAGCUCAUGGUCAAGGAUCAGGUGGAAGUCAUGAGGUCCAACAUGCAGUCCACCAUCAACGCAUUCAACAACGAGAUAGAGAAGUUUGCACACCGCUGGGAGCAGCUGAAACCCGGCCAUGUUGACAUCGACUCUGGCCAAGAAGCCUGCCAGGAUGCACUUAGCGGGCUGAAGGACAGGAGAACGGAAUGGGAUGAACUGCUCAAACAGGCCGAGAAACUGAGGGAAGAAUGCGAGAACUUUUCACUUCCACCACCAGAUUUCCACCUGGCUGAGCAGGUCACACAGGACAUGGAGUCUUGCGAGCAGAUGUGGAAGCUCUACGAGGAGUUCAGUGCAGGUCUGCAGGACCUGUCCAGUCAAGACUGGAUCUCAUUCCGGAGCAAGACGUAUCAGUUUGAUGACUUUCUGACGACUUGGUACAAUCGCCUUGGUGUGGGCCAGGCUGGUGCUGAGCAUACGGACAUGUCUGUGAGACUCACCCGUGAUGUUGAGAAGUAUCAGGUAUUGGCUCCAUUGCUGAAGUAUGUACGUGGCGAAGUCUUGUCCACUGACCAUUGGGUUGAGCUGUACGGAAUGCUGGGCAUGCCAAAGACUAUGACCAUUGACAAACUGACGUUUGGCCAUUACCUUUCAGUCAGUAAUGCUAUCGUGGACAAUGCAGACAAGUUGAAGGAGCUGUACAGUCGAGCCCAGGGCGAGGUGUCCAUACGAGAAGCACUGCGGGAACUGGAGAUGUGGGGAGCAGCCACAACAUUCACUCUCACAUCCUACAUGGAUACGGACGAUAAAGAACUGUUCAUUGUCAAGGACUGGAAAGAGCUGGUCAAUCAGGUUGGAGACAACCAGUGUCUGCUACAGUCAUUGAAAGACUCACCCUACUUCACUAGCUUUGCUGACAAGGCACAGCUGUGGGAGGGCCGUCUGGCUGAGCUGGACGAGUGUUUGCGCCAUCUCAACGCUGCGCAGCGCAAGUGGGUCUACUUGGAACCGAUCUUUGGACGCGGUGCGCUACCGCACGAGCAGGGUCGAUUCAGACGGGUCAACGACGACUUCCGGUCUGUUAUGCAGAACAUUCGCAAUGACAGCCGUGUGGUGUCCUUUGUGGGCCGUACCGGUAUCAAGAGUCUGCUGCUCACGGUUCUUGAGCAGCUGCAGCGCUGCCAGAAAGCACUCAACGAGUUCUUAGAGGAAAAGCGAGCACUGUUCCCUCGCUUCUACUUCAUCGGUGAUGACGACCUGCUGGAGAUCCUGGGUCAGAGCACAAAUCCCACUGUUAUCCAAACUCACCUGAAGAAGCUGUUUGCCGGAAUACACAGCGUGAAAUUCGAUGACGACGCGACCAGAAUACUUGCCAUGUGCUCCCUGGAGGGCGAAGUUGUGCCUCUCAUCAAACCAGUGACCAUCUCCAAAGAUGUUGAGGUGUGGCUACUGCACCUAGCCGAGGAAAUGCAGAUCACACUGAAAGGAUUACUGGCUAAAAGCUUGAUGACUAGUCAGUCAUCUGGUCAGGCAGUUAACCCCAAUGACUUCCCAUCUCAAAUCCUGUGCCUAACGGAAUAUAUCGAGUUCACCGACCAUUGUGAGGCGGCCAUUGCAGAUGGCAGUCUAAAUGAAUUGCUCAUUGAACUGGAGACGCAGCUGGAAGGAUACACCAGUGUGGAUCUAUCUGCCGGUCCAUCGGAGGACGGUGAUGCGUCCAAGGUCCUGGACCUGAAGUUGAAGGCACUCAUUCUGGACACCAUCCAUAACAUUGAGGUUGUCAGGUUGCUGAUCCAGGAAGGUGUGAAGAAUGCGGAUAACUGGCUCUGGCAGAAGCAGCUACGCUUCUAUGCUACUGACACACAAGGUGCCUGUGUUAUGAGAAUGGUGGAUGCAGAGUUUGCAUACAGCUUUGAAUACCAGGGUAAUGCGCCGAAGCUGGUGCACACACCACUGACUGACAAGUGUUACCUGACAAUGACCCAGGGAAUGAGAAUGGGUCUGGGUGGUAACCCAUACGGACCGGCUGGUACUGGAAAAACCGAAUCAGUGAAAGCGCUGGGUGGCUUGUUUGGCCGACAAGUGCUCGUAUUCAACUGCGAUGAGGGUAUUGACGUACAGUCAAUGGGCCGUAUCUUUAUCGGACUGGUGAAAUGUGGUGCAUGGGGAUGCUUUGAUGAGUUCAAUCGCUUGGAAGAGGCCGUACUCUCAGCGGUGUCUAUGCAAAUCCAGACCAUCCAGGCAGCCAUCAAAACCAAACAGGAAUCAUGUCAGCUGCUUGGGAGGGAGAUUGAGCUGAACGUGAACUCCGGCAUCUUCAUCACACUGAAUCCGGCCGGGAAAGGUUACGGAGGCCGACAAAAGCUUCCUGACAACCUGAAACAACUCUUCCGGCCGGUGGCCAUGUCAAAACCGGACAAUGACCUCAUCGCCGAGGUCAUCCUCUUCUCCGAGGGCUUCAAGCAAGCUAAACAGCUUGGCAAGAAGCUGGUGGAAGUCUUCAGUCUAUCAAAGGAAUUGCUGAGCAAACAGCAACACUACGACUGGGGACUGAGAGCUUUGAAAACUGUGCUCAGGGGUUCCGGUGCUCGGCUGCAGGAGGAGAAGAAAGUCAACAAGUCGGUCGACCCUGCCACCGAAGUCCGUCUCAUUGUCCAAGCUUUGCGCAUCAACACGCUUUCAAAGCUUGCUUUCAACGACAGCAAGCUGUUCGAUGGUCUAGUUCUGGAUGUGUUUCCCGGUGUCAAGUUCGAAGACAUAGCCUAUGCCGAGUUGAGAGAGGCGCUGGUGAAGGCGUGUGAGACCAUGAAUUUGGAGGUCAUUGAUUCUCAGAUCCGCAAAGCUCUGGAGUUGUAUGAACAGCUACGUCAGAGAAUGGGUGUAGUUCUGGUCGGACCGUCUGGCUCUGGCAAGAGCAUCGUGUGGCGUAUCCUCCGAGCAGCACUGGCCAACUGCAACCAAGUAGUCAAACAGUACACAAUGAAUCCCAAAGCUAUGCCUCGCACACAGCUCCUUGGGCAUAUUGACAUGGACACACGUGAAUGGUCGGAUGGCGUGCUCACCAACAGUGCACGGCAGGUGGUCCGCGAGUCAAUUGACGUGCACUCCUGGAUCAUAUGCGACGGCGACAUAGACCCGGAGUGGAUUGAGUCUCUCAACUCCGUACUGGAUGAUAACCGUCUAUUAACCAUGCCCAGUGGAGAACGCAUCCAAUUUGGCCCGAAUAUCAACUUCAUCUUUGAGUCUCACGAUCUCAGCUGUGCCAGUCCGGCCACCAUAUCACGCAUGGGUAUGAUAUUUCUAAGCAAUGAAGACACGGAUGUCAAAGCUCUGGUGUCGUCUUGGCUAAAGAGCCAGCCAACUGAUGAGCGCUCCAGACUUGAAGGCUGGCUUGAGGACUAUUUCCAUCGUGCACUGAAGUACGUCCUGGAGAAGGAAAACUUAGUGGUACAGACCAGCUUGGUGGGUCUGGUUCUCAACGGACUGUCACAACUGAAGGGCGUCACGACCAAAGAAGGUUUUGCCUGCGCCCUGUUCCGCGGUCUUGGUGCCAAUUUACCAGACUCCAUACGCGCUGAAUUAGCAAAGGAGGUGUUUCAAAUGAUGCAUGUACACGCACCGGAUUCCAAGCGGCUACUGGAUACCUACUGGGACAAGAAUGGCAAUCAGCUGAAGCAGUAUGAACUGGAUGUGCCCGAUGCCAUCUCAAUCAACGACCUGGCUCCGCAGAACGCUCCCACGCCGCUCAUCCGUACACCGGCCGUGCAGAGAGCGCUGGGAUUAUUCAUGCCAUGGUUGGAGGCUGACAACAGGCAGCCAUUCAUACUGGUGGGUCCAGAAGGCUGUGGAAAGAGUUUGUUACUGCAGCAUUGCUUCAGAGAGCUUCGCUCAACGCAAGUAGCCACCAUCCACUGCUCCUCGCAAACUACACCACAGCAUGUGCUACAGAAACUCUCACAGAUGUGUAUGGUGAUCAGCAGCAACACAGGCAGGGUGUACCGUCCCAAGGACUGUGAAUGUCUCAUACUGUACCUACGCGAUCUCAACCUGCCCAAACCAGACAAGUGGGGUACCAGCCAGCUUAUUGCAUUCUUACAGCAAGUUGUGACCUACGAAGGUUUCUAUGAUGAUCAGUUGGAGUGGGUUGGCUUGGAGGGUGUGCAGCUAGUGGCCAGUAUGAACCCCGGUAGCAGUAUGGGACGGCAUUUGCUUACCACGCGAUUCACGUCUAUCGUUCGCAUUGCCUGCAUCAACUACCCAUCAUCUGAUCAGCUAGAAGUAGUGUAUAGUUCCUACCUAUCAGCGGUUAUAUCCCAGCAGUUACCCACACACAGUGUAUGGGGAGCUGCUCGAAGUAUGCUGGUCCUAGCCACAUCUAUGGUCGGCAUGUACACGAAACUCAAGUCACGCUUCACCGUGGACACCCACGCUCACUACAUCUUCACGCCGCGUGAUCUGACAUCAUGGACACUGGCAUUGCUACGCUAUGAUCUUUCACUAGACGAUGGCAAGGAACAUGUCCUGCAGGUCUGGGCUUACGAGGCAUGCCGUCAUUUCCGUGAUCGUCUGGUAGCUGAGCACCAGCAGGAGUUUGACACUAUGCUCAACUCAGUGCUCCAGUCAGACUGGGGUGUGGACUCGAAGAAGCUGCAGCUCAGCUGUGGAGAGUUGUUCUAUGUUAGCUGGGGAAGCACUGGCAAUCGCACCGACCAUGGAGCACAGCUUGGUCGCUUGUCAGAAAACGACCUAUCAGAAGUCAUCAAGAAAGGACUACUUAGCUACAGUCGUGAGAACCGCGAUGUAAACAUUCUCGUCUUCACGGAAGUGCUCGACUACAUCUGUCGUGUCAAUCGCAUCCUGACGGCGCCGAGUGGCUCACUUCUGCUUGCUGGCCGUUCGGGUGUGGGUCGUCAUACCGCCGUGGAGCUGGUGGCUCACAUGCAACGGAUCACCGUCAUCAGCCCAAAGAUAUCACGCAGUUAUCACCUGAAGCAGUUCCAUGCCGACUUGAAAGCUGCCAUGCAGAUUGCUGGUAUCGACGGAGAAGACGUGGUACUGUUGAUGGACGAUCAUCAUUUUGUGGAGCCAUCGUUCAUACAGCUUCUCAACAGCUUGCUGAGCGCCGGUGAAGUGCCGGGACUCUAUGCGGCUGAAGAGUUGGACCAUCUGCUUGGGCCACUGAGGGAGAAGGCUGCAGAUGAUGGAUUCAGAGGUCCACUACUGUCCUACUUUGCACAACGAGUCAAGACCAAGCUUCACAUUGUUCUCAUACUGGACAGCUCUGCAUCGGACUUUGUAGCUGUGUGUGAAGCCAACCCGGCAAUGUACACGCGCUGCGCAUACCAAGCAAUGGAAUGCUGGAGUGAUGAUAGCAUGCUACGUGUGCCUAAGAUGUUACUGGCACCAGGUGUUGCGGAAGUCACUGAAAAGACACUACCAGGUGGUAUGGAUCUUAUCAAUGGUUUCAAGAUGAUCCACGACUCCUGUACCUCCAUGAAGAACAGCACCAGCUCACGACAGUAUAUGUCGCUUAUGCACACGUAUCGUGACGUGUACACAAAGAAAAGAGAGGGUAUCCAGCAGAAGCAGUCACAUCUGCAGGCUGGUGUAUCUAAGCUGAAUGAGGCUGCAGAGCACGUGGCUGGACUGAAGGAGAAAGCAGGAGUGCAGAGUGCACUGCUAGCUGAGAAACAGGAGGAAGCUGAUCAAGCACUCAAAGCCAUCACGGCUGCAAUGGAGAAAGCUAGUGACCAGAAGCAAGAGAUGGAAGUCCUCAAAGGCCGCCAAAGUGAGGAGGCGAGUAAGCUGGAGAAACGAAAGAAGGCCAUUGAAGUUGAGCUGAGUGAAGUGGAACCACUAAUAAAGGAAGCAAAACGAGCUGUAGGCAACAUCAAGCCGGAAUCACUGACGGAGGUCAGGUCUCUGCGAGCGCCACCGGAGACAGUCAGAGAUAUCCUGGAAGGUGUACUGCGUCUGAUGGGUGUCUUCGACACAUCCUGGAACAGCAUGAAAAGUUUCCUCGGAAAGCGUGGUAUUCGUGACGAGAUCGCACAGUUUGACGCACGCAGCAUAUCUCCGGAAAUCCGCGACAAUGUCAGCGAGAUACUUUCCCGCUCUGCCAAAUCAUUUGAAACCAAGACUGCAAUGCGUGCAAGUCAAGCUGCUGGUCCUCUAGCUGCCUGGGUCAAGGCCAAUGUCCAGUACUCGAUUGUGUUGGAGAAGAUCGAACCGCUGGAAACAGAGCAAGCACACUUGCAGAAAAACUUGGACAAGUCACAGCGUCGUCUCGAGAAAGUCAGUGCAGCUUUGGAUCAAGUCGAUCAGACUGUUGCUGGCUUGAAACACAAAUUUGAGAAGAGGACAACUGAAGCCACUCGACUGAAGAUUGAAGUUGAUGCUGCGAAGGAAACCAUUGAUAGAGCGGAGAUGUUGCUAGGAAAGCUAGAAGGAGAGCAUGGACGUUGGUCAGAGCAGGUCAACCACCUCUCCUCCGAGCUGUCCAUGCUGCCCAAGUACACUCUACUGGCUUCCAGCUUCAUCGUGUAUCUGAGUGGAGCACCGGAGGAUGUACGGCAGAGAAAGCUUCAGGAAUGGUGUGACAAGCUGAACGUGUCGGGUGGUUUCGACUUCUGUCGUUUCCUGAGCACGGAGAGCGAGCAGCUCAAGUGGAAAGCGGAGGGUCUGCCAUCGGACGGCUUGAGCAUUGAGAAUGCUCUGGUGAUACUGCAGGGUCGGCAAGUUCCGUUCUUGGUGGAUCCAUCGCAGCAAGCGACGGAAUGGCUGAAAACGAACUUGAAGGAGAUGAGACUGGAAGUCGUCAAUCAACAGGAUUCCAACUUCACAACCUCCUUAGAACUGGCUGUGAGAUUUGGCAAGACACUCAUCAUUCAAGAGGUGGACUCCGUUGAACCCAUGUUGUAUCCACUACUGAGAAAGGAGUUCUCCACGCAAGGCCCUCGCUCUGUCAUUCUCAUUGGUGAGAAAUCAGUGGACUACAACGAGGAUUUCCGUCUGUUUCUGACCACCCGCAACCCUUCACCAGUAAUUUCAGCUGACUCUGGUUCAAUAGUGACAGAAGUCAACUUCACUACCACACGUGCUGGCCUUACAGGACAGCUCUUGGCUCUGACACUGCAAAGUGAAAAGCCGGAAUUGGAGGAGAAAAAGAGCAGCCUCCUUCAGGCUGAGGAAGAGAAGAAGGUUCAGCUAGCAGACCUGGAAGAAUCUCUCUUGCAGGAACUUGCGACUGCCGAGGGCAACAUCCUGGAGAAUCAUGCAUUGCUUGACUCCCUCAACAAGACCAAGGCGAAUAGCACGGUUAUCCAAGAGGCUCUCAAGGAGUCCAGCCGUAUACAGGUCUCACUGGAUCAGGAAAGAGAUGCAUUCCUGCCGCUUGCCAAGAUGGCUAGCACCCUGUUCUUUGUGAUCAGUGACUUGUACAAGCUGAACAACAUGUACCGAUUCAGCCUGGCCUCUUUUCUCCGGCUCUUUGAGCGUACUCUUAGCACGAAAUCGGAUGGAUCAGUGACUGAGGUCCGUAUCAAGACACUGUCCAAUACACUUCAGAUGCUAGUGUAUGAAUAUGUCUGCAGAUCACUGUUCAAGGCUGACCGACUCAUGUUUGCCCUCCACUUGGCACACGGUAUGCACCCAGAUCUUUUCCAGCCUAACGAAUGGGAGUUGUUCACUGGCUUGUUAGUGGCCGAUAUGUUCAGAAGGCAGGAAUCAAUGGCCCGUGUGCGUGAUGCUCUUCCCACUUGGCUAGACCCAGAGCGUACCAGUGCUGUCAAUCUACUCAAGAACAAGUUGCAGACUCUAUACCGUACACUGUCUCUGGAUAAGACUGACGUGUGGUCAACGUUUAUCCGAAGUUCACGCUGUGAAAUGGAGUUCCCGCCAUCUUUGUCGAAGAAGAUCAGCUUAUUCCAACAGGUGCUUGUCGUUCAAGCAUUGCGUCCUGACCGACUGCAAAGUGCAAUGUCGGAGUUUGCAGCCAAGGCGUUGGGUCUGAAGCAUCUAUCCGGUGGCAACUUCAGCUUAAAACGUGUGGUAACACAAGAGGCUGUGUCCUCAGAACCCAUCCUUCUGGUGGUAUCAGCAGGCUCAGAUCCGUCUCAGGACAUCCAGGAAUUGGCCGUAUCAUCUGUGGGCAGUGACCGCUUCCAUCAGGUUGCUAUGGGACAAGGCCAGGCAGAGAUAGCAUUGCGACUGCUUAGCGAGUGUGCUGCUAAUGGGGCCUGGCUUUGUUUGAAGAACUUGCAUUUGGUCACUGCCUGGCUGCCAACACUGGAGAAGGAACUCAACUCUCUUGAAACAGUCGAGGGCUUCAGGCUGUUCUUGACGGCCGAAGUCCAUCCUCGUUUCCCAGCCAUUCUUCUGCAGACUAGCUUGAAGCUUACAUAUGAGUCUCCUCCUGGUAUUCGCAAUAACUUGUUGCGCACCACCGAAGCAUGGAGUCCAGAGUUCCUAUCCAAUGGCAGUGUUACACGUGCGCAGUCACUGUUCGCUGUCGCCUGGCUGCAUGCUGUGGUGCAGGAGAGACGAACGUUCAUACCUCAGGGCUGGACAAAGUUCUAUGAGUUUUCCCAGUCUGAUCUCCGUGCUGCUACAGACAUCCUGGAGCGCCUCAUAGCCAGAGCAGAAGGUGGCCCCAUACCCUGGGAGUUCAUGCACGGCCUGAUGGAGAAUGCUAUAUACGGCGGUCGGAUUGACAAUCUGUUUGACAUUGACGUUCUGCGAUCCUACCUGAUGCAGUACUUCAACAAGUCUCUGUUCAACCAGGAUGCGGGCCGGCAGAGGACUCUGGUGCAAGACGUUAAUCUGCCAGCCAGUAACAAACUGAAGAAUUUCUCUGAGAUUAUCAAGAUGCUGCCUGACAUUGACAAACCAUCUUACUUUGGACUGCCGACGAACAUUGAACGGUCAGCGCAGAGAACGGUCAGCCAACAGGUGAUAGCUCAGCUCAAAGUGCUGAUGCGACCUGACGUAACCGGAGGACAGUUUGACAAGGAACGCUGGACUAAAGAACUCAAACCUGUGCUGGAUCUAUGGGACAAACUAAACCAGGGUCCCGACCUAAAGAAGCUGGAGAAGUCCAGUCCUGUGCAUGGCACCACUGAGAGUCCUGUCGGGGCUUUCCUAGUGCAGGAACGCCUGAACGCUGUGAAACUCAUGCACGUGGUGAAGGCUGAUCUGGCCUCACUGAGGCGGGUGCUUGACGGCACGUCAUUGCUGACGGCUGAAGUACAGAAGACGGCAGUGGCCAUGCUCAAUCAUGAGGUGCCACCAGUCUGGUCGACACUGUGGGAUGGUCCAGAAGACACCGUGCAGUACCUGAGAUCACUGGCCGGUCGACUGAUAGCACUGGAUACAUGGCUACAGCGUGUACACGCCAAUCAACUCUACAAAGGUGCUCAGCUUGACAUGUCGGAGAUAUUCAGACCGGAUACGUUCCUGAAUGCACUGCGUCAGCAAACUGCACGGCAACUGAAGUGCAGCAUGGAUGGCCUGAAGUUUGUGUGCUGGUGGAAGGGCAAUAACUACACACUCAGCCAUCAGCUCACCAUAUCUGUGGGUGAACUUUAUCUGGAAGGUUGCACGUUUGACGGAAAGCGUUUGCUGGAGAACGAGAGAAACUCACCAACAGUGGCAGCCAUACCUGCCUGCAAUAUGGCCUGGGUUCAAAAGAGUGCUGAAGACCCCUACCCAACCAAGGACUGCCUGGCGCUGCCCCUCUACUUUACCGCCGACCGACAGCGCCUGGUGACGCGGAUCAACGUGCCGUGUGUGGGAAAGCCGGAGAAGUGGGUGCAGUGCGGUGCGGCUCUGUUCCUCAAGCAGAUGUGAUGUCAGUGAUGUCACACAUCAUACUUUCAAUGCAAGUAUGACAUCACGGUGACAUCACACCGUAUAAGGCGAAUACAACUCUAUGACAUCACUAUGACAUCACUAUGACAUCACUAUACGAAUAUAUUUUAAUUGUGUACUGUCGACGUUAACGAUAUUUGCAUAUUUAUAGUUUGCUGGGUAUCAGCUUUGAAACAAAUCUACUAUGUCCUUUCACUUCAUGCAUUGUCAAUACUAAAUGUGAAAUGUCUAUUUCUGACUUCUUUCUGCUAAGCAAUGCACGUUUCAGAAAUCGUUCAUAUCUUCAUAACCAUGAUGCUUCGACCUGCAAUCCGCUCAGUGCAUUGGAAAUGUGUAUCCUUCAACUGUUUAACGUUAUGUCCGUAUUUCCUAAAUCUAUGGAUUUAUGCCGAUUUCAAUGUCUCUACUUGUAUUCUCUUUGCAUGUUGAUCUGCAAGGUCUUGACAAGAUGGCUGCCAUCAUGUUGACAAGUCAUGUGAUGAUU